AAAAAAAUUACAAACCCUAGCCGUACCAUCUUCUAUAUAAAGCGCAUUACCAUCUGCUGCUCAAACCUUAGUGCAGCUGCGGCGACAACAAUGGGUGCCUACACGUAUGUAUCGGAGCUAUGGAAGAAGAAGCAGUCCGAUGUGAUGCGGUUCCUGCUUAGGGUUAGGUGCUGGGAGUACCGUCAGCUCCCCGCCGUUGUGCGCGUCACCCACCCUACUCGUCCCGACAAGGCCCGUCGUCUCGGCUACAAGGCCAAGCAGGGGUACGUUGUUUACCGUGUCCGUGUUAGACGUGGUGGAAGGAAGAGGCCAGUUCCCAAGGGCAUUGUGUAUGGUAAGCCCACCAACCAGGGUGUCACUCAGCUGAAAUUCCAGCGCAGCAAGAGGUCUGUGGCAGAGGAACGUGCUGGAAGGAAACUUGGAGGUCUUAGGGUUCUGAAUUCUUACUGGAUCAAUGAGGAUUCAACCUACAAAUAUUUUGAAGUGAUACUGGUCGACCCGGCCCAUACUACCAUUCGCAACGAUCCGAGGAUCAACUGGCUUUGCAACCCUGUUCACAAACACAGGGAGCUCCGAGGUCUUACCUCUGCUGGGAAGAAGUACAGGGGUCUCAGGGGAAGGGGCCACCUGCACCACAAGGCUCGCCCCUCUCGGAGGGCCACCUGGAAGAGGAACCAAAUGCUCUCCCUUCGUCGCUAUCGCUGAUCUUCCAGAAGUUCUUGGAGGUUAUAUCUAUUUUCAUUACAAAUUCAAAUCUUGUUUGCGCUUGUUUGUAGGAAUUUUGGAGCACUUGGGGAGAAGUUUACAUUUAUCUGUCGAACUUGGGUUUUAAAUAUUUCUGGAUAUGGAUAUUGAAAUGUGCUCUGCUUUUUUGCAUCAUGAAAACCUUAUUAUCUUUUCUGGAUA